AUGGAGAAAGAACUCAGAUCAACUGCUGCAAGCCUUGGGCUUUCCCUCCCAGAGAAUGAAGUUAACGACUAUGUGACUUUACUAGAACGCAUGGAAAAGUCUUUACAGACAGUUUUGGACAUGCAUGAUUAUCAGCCAACACCAGAUCAAAUCAUUUACCCACGAUCAGACAUUCAUUACCCAACCUCAGACACAAACCCACUUGGUGCAUGGGCGUGGAAGUUCAAUGCAAAGAGCACGGAGCCGAAAUCUGAUCUUCUCAAGGGAAAGACCGUCUGUUUAAAAGAUAAUAUAGCAGUCGCAGGUGUACCUUGUCUGCUGGGUACGGACACCUUUCAAGACUGGAUUCCAAAAACCGAUGCAACCGUAGUCACCCGUAUUCUUGAUGCAGGUGGCAUCAUCACUGGUAAAGCAGUAUGUGAGAAUCUUUCUCGCGGCGCCGUCAGUGCUACUGCUGCCACAGGUCCUGUGCACAACCCUUAUGCACCUGGAUACUCUGCAGGGGGGAGUAGUUCUGGAACCGCUGCGCUUGUAGCCAGCGGAGCGACGGAUAUGGGAAUAGGAUGCGACCAGGGUGGUAGCAUUCGAAUUCCGGCAAGUUUGUGUGGGCUUUACGGCUUCAAACCUACAGCCGGUUUAGUCCCUUACACCGGCAUAGCAAGUAAUGAUGCUUGUUUGGAUUAUGUGGGCCCAAUGACAACUACUUGCUUGGAUAAUGCAAUACUUCUGGAAGCCAUUGCCGGCGUUGAUGGGCUGGAUGACAGACAAACAGCUGGCGCGCCGUUUCCUAAACAGGUACCAAACUAUGCACAGCUACUGGAAGAAACCAAAGAAGAUGGUAUCAAGGGAUUGAAAAUUGGCAUUCUGAAAGAAGGGCUGGAUCUACCGGGCAUAAACCCUCGUGUUGAGGCCAAAUUUCAAGAUGCUAUGAAUGUGUUUCGUCGACUUGGAGCAACCGUAGAAGACGUUCAUAUUCCGAUCCACUCGCAAGCACGAACUGUAAUUGUCGUUUUGAGCAAAAUGGGCAAUCACAUGGGAAUGCUAGGAAAAGCCACAGGACGAAGACAAAUGAUGUUGACCGACUUGUUUGAGAAGAAGGGCUUGCCGUAUACACCAGAGGUGCUCAGCAAGAUGAGUGUAAUGUCAAAGGAAGGGUUAAUAGCUGGUGAAUACGCAUGGAAACACUAUUCAACCCUCUAUCCUAAAGUUGUCAACUUGAUACGCAAACUCCAAGAUGCCUACGACAAAGCACUUGGAGAAUACGAUGUAUUGGUUAUGCCCACAACCAUCACAGAAUCAAAUACACUUCCUGCUGCCGAUGCGACCCCCCUUGAACAUAUGGACGCAUCCAAGGGAAAAUUAGAGAAUACAAGCCCCUUCAAUGCAUCAGGUCACCCGGCUCUUGCGGUGCCCAUCGGACUUGUUCCGAGUCGGGAGAAUCCGACUAUUACGAUGCCAACGAGCAUGCAAAUUGUGGGACGGUACUGGGAUGAGUUGACAAUAUUGAAGAUUGCGUAUGCAUGGGAACGAGAAGUUGGGAAUUGGAAAGAUUUCUAA